CGAUGCGUCUCCUUUCUCCUUUCCCAAGGGAGUGCGCUCUUGAGCUCCUCUCGCUCUCUCCCGGUCUAACGCUUCGCUUAGGGAGGAGAUGGGCGGACCGCUGGGAGCGAUCAUAGGGCGGUGCCCGGUGGCGGCCGCUUCGGGCGGCAAUGAGGACGGGCGGAUCGGUGGUGACGGUGGCAUCAUAAGGCACAACAGGAAGUGCAGGGAUUUGGUGUUCCUCAUCAUCUUCAUCGCCUUCUGGGUGGCCAUGAUCGUUAAUUCCAGCUUUGGGUUCAACCAAGGAAACCCACUUCGGCUUAUGUACGGGCUGGACUACAAAGGAAACAUCUGCGGGAACAGGCAUGCAGACCCUGACUUGCGUGAACUGGAGGUCAGAUAUUGGCUAAAUCCUAACCAGGUCUACCAGAGUGGUCUUAAGAAUAGCCAGUUCGAUCUAGCUGAUGCAAAGAGCAUAUGCUUGAUGGAAUGUCCUAUUCCUUCGGAAGAUGGUAUCAACUGGGUCUGUGAUUACCCAGAGGGAGACAUCCGCCUCUCCGUGGAUGAUUGGAUUGACAGGGACUAUGACUACUAUGAGUACCUAACAACAGAGACGAGGAAUAGUUCUCUGCAGCUCCAAGGCCCAUGCUACCCUGUCAUAUUUCCAAGUGUGAAUGUUUACUGGAGCUGUCAGUUUAUUGCGCGUGCAUCAAAUGUUUCUUUGAAGCAGUGGCAGCAGAUGGGCGGUGUUGACAUUGACGAAAACAUCAUGAUAGAUAAAACUAUUCAUAGAGCCAUCAACUCUCCAUCAGCUGUAUUAAAGAGAUACAUGGCAGAUAUUUGGAAAGCUGGGCCUGUCUUAGUUGUCUGCGGAGGAAUUCUACCCCUCUUUUUGUCCAUUAUCUGGCUAUUGAUGAUACGCCAUUUUGUUGCUGGAAUGACUUGGAUAACAGUGAUUCUCUUCAAUGCCCUUGUAAUAUCUGUGGCAAUGCUUUAUUACAGAAAAGCUGGGUGGAUUGGUAGUGAUGCCUUAUCAGUUGUUAUUGGUGAAAGCGACCCCUACGUUCACAUAAGUGGCCGGGAAAUAAAUCACCUUCAUGUUGUAGCUGUUCUUAUGACAAUAGUCAUGAUUAUUUCCUUCCUUUCUUCAAUAGCGAUUGUCCGCCGACUACUUAUAGCAACAUCUGUUUUAAAGGUUGCAGCUAAAGUCAUAGGUGAAGUUCAGGCUCUUAUAAUUUUCCCAAUACUGCCAUAUGUUAUCCUUGCAAUAUUCUAUGUUUUCUGGUUUUCUGCUGCCCUUCAUCUUUUCAGCUCUGGCCAGAUCCUCAAAAAUGAUUGCAAUGUUAAUUGCUGUUCAUUUGACCUGAAGUCUAACAAGGUCAAUUGUGAUAAUUGUUGUGGCUAUAGUAUCCAUUACACUCCUCAUAUUGGAAUAUCUAUCCUUUUUCACGUAUUUGGAUGUUACUGGGCAACGCAGUUUAUCAUUGCAUGCUCAUCAACUGUAAUUGCUGGAUCGGUUGCCUCUUACUACUGGGCUCGUGGUGAGAUUUCGCAGGAGAUUCCAUUUCUUCCUGUAUUUUCUUCAAUGAAACGGCUCUUGCGAUACAAUCUAGGAUCUGUGGCACUUGGUUCCCUUAUUGUAUCAAUUGUUGAAUGGGUGCGAUUCAUACUUGAGGCUUUACGCCGCAGGAUAAGACAUGGGGAUCCUGCUCCAGUAACCUGCAUUGAAAAGUUGAUGUCCACUUCUUCUCAGUGCUGCUUAGGAUGCAUUGAUUGGACCAUCAAGUCUGUGAAUCGUAAUGCAUAUAUUAUGAUUGCUAUCACAGGAAAAGGAUUUAACAGAGCAUCUGCUAUUGCUACUGGGUUGAUUGUGAACAAUAUAUUGCGCAUAGGAAAGGUCAAUGUCAUUGGAGAUGUGAUUCUUUACCUUGGAAAAUUAUGUGUCAGCCUCUUUUGUGCAUUAUUUGCAUUCCUCAUGCUGGACACCCACAAAUACAAGUCUGCCCAUAACAAGAUUUCAUCCCCUUUGUUCCCUGUUCUGGUAAGUUGGGGGCUUGGCUACGUAGUUGCGACCCUCUUCUUUGCAGUGGUUGAGAUGUCAAUUGAUACAAUCAUACUCUCCUUCUGCCAAGAUGCUGAAGAGCAUCAAGGAACUGCACAAUAUGCACCUCCGCUGCUCAUGGCAACACUAGAUGGGCAAGGAGAGAUGCAGAGACUGACACAAGGCUCUUAGGCUUGAGUAUCAUCGCCGAGUUUACCUGCCCUUUUCCGAUUCUUCUAAUCUGUUUUAUUAAUUAUUGUGGCAUUUCAUUUGUAUUAUUCCAGUGUGAUUUGCCAUUUCCUGUUUAAGCCAACUAUCCAACAGAUAUGGUUUCGAAGCCCUUUUUGUACCACGGGCACGAGAACCUCUUGGGACCAGUCAUGAUGGCUAUAAAGGACUGUAAGCACCCUCUUGAGCGACCAUAUAAUAUUCUGUUAUUAACUCUAUAA